ACUUCCGGAAUAAACAAGGCUGAUAUCGGUUGAGCGAGUGUAGAGAUUUUGGGCAAACAUUGUUUCAUAGUAAUGCUGCACUCUAUUUUUGUCACUACUUAGAUAUUGUCGAGUUUAUGUUUUCAUUGAUAGAGAACUCUUGUUGUUGGAGUUUGUUAAAUAAGCUUCGCAGAAAUUAAAUAGCCUAUGUAGCAUGUCUUAGCUAGACAGAAGAAUGCAAUAGACAUUUAGCCUACCCAUGUCCACAUGUCAGUGGCUAUAACGUAUUAGGCUAUUGAAUUUGAGUAAGAGUCGACAGUAGGCUAACGUUGUAGUUACAGCCUAUAAUAGACGUUUGCAACCAUAACCUAAUUGAACAAGUAUAGUGUAACAUGGGUGUCCAGGGACUUAACCACUUUAUGGAGGACUGUUGCCCAGAGACAUGCAUACAAGUUAACUUAAGAAAGAUGGCAGUGGAUCAUAUGAAUGCACACCCAGGCAGCACUCCCACACUAGUAGUGGAUGGAAUGGCAUGUGUGAGAAAGUGGUACAGCUGCCAAGCAUGGGUUCACGGAGGACAGUGGAAAGAGUACUUGCACAUCCUGAAUGAGUUUGUGUCUGCAUUCUCUGCAGCAGGUAUUAGGCUGGUGUUUUACUUCGACGGUGUAGUGGAGGAGCGCAAGCGAGCCGAAUGGGUACGACGCCGGCUCAGGUCAAACAAGGACAUCGCUAAGUUAUUCCAUGUCAUUAAGAGCCAUGGUCAGCAGCCUGGCAUGGACAUGUUCACUCUCCCGUCCGGCCUGGCCACCUUUUCCCGGUUUGCCCUCAAGUCACUAGGACAAGAGAUCAAGUGCUCCACCCGAGAGUGUGACUAUGAAAUCGCCAGCUAUGCCAACAGUCACAACUGCAUGGGCAUUCUUGGCCAGGACUCAGACUUUGUCAUAUAUGAUACUGUCUCUUACCUGUCAGCGAGUAAGCUGUGUUUGCAGAGCAUGACCACUGUGCUGUUCUCCAGAGAAAGGCUGUGCCAUGCGCUCGGGCUGGAGAAAACAGACCUGCCACUGCUUGCUUGUCUUUUGGGGAAUGAUGUGGUCCCAGACACUUGUGUUAGGCACAUACGAGACAGAUCUGUAAAUGAGUAUCGAGGCAGUCACGGGAGACGCCAAGGGGAAAAGGUCCUCGCUGUUGCGGAUUUCAUCAGCAAUUAUCAUCCCCUGAGAGAUGGGUCUGAGGGCAUCACCUCUCUCUCACUUCCGGUUGCAGACAAACAUCUCCUGGAAAAUGGAAUGCACUCCUAUGUGCUUCCAGGUCAAAGAUUCCCAUGGACCAACCAAAAGUUGUGUGAUGCUUAUACAGUCUGUGCAAUGGAGAAGAUUGUUGAUGCUGAUAUACUAGAGGCUGCCAAAGAGAAGCAUUCAAGAGCUGAGUGUUUUAUGCUGUAUAAUAUCCUGUAUGAUGGAGUUGUUGAAUGCAGCAACACUCUUGAAGACGAAGAGAACAUCGAACUCCCCUCUCAGGCCUCUGUGUUUGAGCCAGUGAGAGAGCGAAUAUAUGGCCUUCUCCUGCCAACACAGCCAGGACAUGCUGUGCCAGUGGCUGUAGUAAAGGAGUGGUUUGUCUCUCCUGGAAACACACUGAAGGAGCCCAAGCUGGUGUCACCUAAGCAGUUCAGUGAAUCAGAAAUAAAACCGGAUUUGAGAGACCUGUGGUUUAGGAAAGAUACCGAAGUCAGACCUCAGCAGUUUUCUACUUUCCUAGCUCUUCUUGGCCUAAAGGAGUAUGCUGAGGUGUUGGAUAGCCUUGAGGUCCCACUCGUGGUUGUCCUGUGCCUGGUCACAUACAUCGUCCUACAGGUGACACACCUCUCUUUGGAAGAUGUAGAUGCUUAUCUUAGCCAGGCCGUCUGUGUCAGAUUAAAGACGCACACAGACUUGUGCCACACAAAGGUUCCAUGUGUGGACGCCAGGGCUGUUCAGCUGGGCUCCCUGUUUGUGCGGGGGCUCACCUACAUGGUGGCAGCCAACAGCGCCUGUGGCUCUCCCCUCGGCAUGGAGGACCUGAUGCCAUGGAACACGUUCGAUGGCCUGCUCUUCCACCAGAAGUACCUGCUGGCACAGUCUGGACGGCCCGCCGAGCAACUCCUGGAGGGCAACAGCUCCUGGAUCUCACAGUUCUACUCUCUUAGAGAACUGGUUCUUGAUACCUGCAGGAAACGUGGUAGAACAAUACAGGCCGCUCAACGGAGAACUCAGCAAGAACUUGAGAGGCCUGAGAACCAGGAAGCAUGCUAUUGGGGAGAGAGUACCCCAAGGCAUUGUGGGUCUUCACUGCACACCAAUAGGCCACAUGGCAGAGGGACCGGAGCCUACAUGCAAGGUCGUGGAUCUCGAUCAGGUGCACGUCGUCCAGAAAGGAGGAGAUAUCGGUUAGCUCCAAGAUGGCCUCAGCCUAACCCCAGGCCCUACUGUCCAUGAGCCGCCACCAGGUUUAGAAGGCUUCACACAAACAAUGUCAACCGCAAUGAAACUGGUCAAUAAAGACAACUCAAAACCAGAGGGUGAAAGUCAUCUCCUGUCACUGCUUGGCACUUCUAGAACAGUUUGUAAGGGCUUGGGAGGAGUCGGUGUGGGGGGCAAGGAGGGACUUUCAAGGCUGUGUGAUAGGAAUCGUGAUGGAGGAAACCCCAGAGGACGCCACUUUCGGCAACAUCCGUCUUCCCUCGCCACUUUGUUUUGACUUCGCUCAGAGCUCUGUCAGGACAUCCGGGAGAGACGAAGGAUAAGGACUUGGACUCGCAGAAUGCCUGGCUGGAAUCGCAGUGAGGUGUGGAAGAUUCAUGGGGUCCCUUUGGGCAAAGCACAGACAUGUGAGACCAGGAGGAACCCCCCCCCCCCCCCCCCCCCAAGCCCCACAGAGUUCUUAACCUACAGAGAACCUGUUGUAAGUGCAGAGUCACCCCUCAGUCUUCCCUAUGCCAUUGUGCACAUUAUAACUGACAUGGGUCUCAAAAGGUAGUCAGAUGUAUUCAGUUUUAAAGGCACAAUUCUCAAGUGUAAUCCCAUAUAGUUUUUGCUAGUUGCUCAUUCUAUGUCUCAGCUCAAAUAAACUCCAUGGAUCCAGGGAUCAUGGGAAACAGAA